AUGACUCUUCAACUAGCAGAUAUUUCUCUGAAAUAUGCUUAUGGGGUAGCUGAAGAUGUGCUUGUGAAGGUAGACAAAUUUAUAUUUCUUGUGGACUUUGUUAUCAUGGAGAUGGAAGAGGAUGUGAAUGUACCUCUUAUUCUGGGGAGACCUUUCAUGAAGACUGCAAGAGUUUUGAUUGAUGUGGAAAACGACAAGCUGAAAGUGAGAGUGCAAGAUGAAGAAGUAAAUUUUGAUGUUUUUGAAGCCAUGUCUCACCCAAAGGAUAACAAGGAGUGUUUUCAUCUUGAUCCUCUUGAUGAAAUUUGCAUGAUACAAGUAAAGAAAGCAAGUGAUACUUUUUCUUUGGAGGAGAUGCUAGUUGACACCUGUGAAGAAUUGAAUGAAAAAGAAGAAGAACUGAUUGAUGAGUGCUUGACUGAAUUGCAAGAGUUGAAAGAAGAUUCGUUACAGAAGACAAAGGAGAUCAACACAAAAGCAAAAGUCAAGGAAAGCAAAUUGGAGCUGAAGAUGUUACCACCACAUUUGAAGUAUGUGGUACCAAAGAAAGGUGGGAUGCCAGUUAUUUAUAAUGAAAAAAAUGAGCUCACACCUACAAGGACUGUUACGGGCUGGAGGAUGUGUAUUGACUACAGGAAGUUGAACAAUGCUAUUAGGAAGGAUCACUUCCCCCUUCCUUUCAUGGAUUAG